AUGAUUAGUAGGCGCAAGAAAUCGUUCUUUCCUGGGGCAAAAGCUAUCUUCCUUUUGUUCCUGAUCCUUGCCGCCGGUGCAACUCUUGUAGUUGCAAGUAGGGUUUCUAAUCUCAUGAAGCCAAAUAUUGGACCAAAUGACACGAAUUUUCCACAAAGUAACCGUCCAAUUCAACCAUCUGGUCCUAAUCCUUGUAGUUACGUGCCAGGACCAGGGCAUUGCAAAGCUCCAAGUGAUGCUUCAUCUUCCAUUCAGCAUGAUAGCCAGUGUUCUGAAGAUUUGCUUGUGCAUUCAGUGUUCAUUCUUCCUUGGUAUCAAAAUCCACACAAAGGGAAUCCUGUGGAAUCUGAUCUGCGGAGGUUUUCUGUGGAAUUUAAUUUGCCGGGGAUUUCUAUGGCUUCAACAAUGCUUUCUCUAACUUCUGCUACUCCUUCUGCUUCACUUUCUAUGCAAGAAAUUCUCAAGGGAAAGGCGAGGCUUGGAAGUGGUACUGGAAGUACAUUGUUUAACAAGGAGAAAGGCAAUCCCUUUAUCAAGGAAAAGUCAUUUGGCCGGAUAUCUAUGACUGUUGCGGUGAAUGCAUCUUGUUUUGAGGGUAUAGCUAUGGCUCCUCCCGAUCCUAUCCUUGGUGUUUCUGAAGCUUUUAGAGCAGACACAGAUGCAAAGAAGCUCAACCUUGGAGUUGGGGCCUACCGAACUGAAGAGUUACAGCCAUAUGUGCUUGAUGUUGUUAACAAGGUCAGUAAGCUUUAUCUGUCUAAUUGGUAUAUUGCUGAGCGUCUUAUGCUGGAGAGGAGCGAAAACAAAGAGUAUCUCCCAAUCGAAGGUUUGGCUGCAUUCAAUAAGGUGACUGCGGAGUUACUAUUCGGAGCUGACAAUCCAGUGAUAAAUCAACAAAGAGUUGCAACUGUUCAAGGUCUUUCAGGCACAGGUUCUCUUCGAUUAGCUGCAGCUCUCAUUGAGCGAUAUUUUCCUGGAGCACAAGUUAUGAUAUCAUCUCCAACUUGGGGUAAUCACAAGAAUAUUUUCAAUGAUGCAAGAGUUCCAUGGUCCGAGUACCGAUACUAUGAUCCUAAAACAGUUGGCUUGGAUUUUGAGGGGAUGAUAUCAGACAUAAAGGCCGCACCUGAUGGAUCAUUUAUAGUGCUACAUGGUUGUGCUCACAACCCAACCGGUAUUGAUCCAACCCCUGAACAAUGGGAGAAAAUUGCUGAUGUCAUACAAGAGAAGAACCACAUUCCAUUUUUUGAUGUUGCCUACCAGGGAUUCGCUAGUGGAAGCCUUGAUGAAGAUGCAUCAUCAGUCAGGUUGUUUGCUGCACGUGGCAUGGAGCUUCUGGUUGCUCAGUCAUACAGCAAAAAUUUGGGCUUGUAUGCUGAAAGAAUUGGGGCAAUUAAUGUUGUCUGCUCAUCGGCAGAUGCCGCAGCAAGGGUUAAGAGCCAACUGAAAAGGAUUGCCCGACCAAUGUACUCAAAUCCUCCUGUUCACGGGGCUAGAAUUGUUGCUAAUGUUGUUGGGGAUCCAGCUCUUUUCAAUGAAUGGAAAGCAGAGAUGGAAAUGAUGGCUGGAAGGAUAAAAAAUGUUAGGCAGAAACUAUUUGACAGUCUCUCCGCAAAAGAUAAGAGUGGGAAAGAUUGGUCUUUUAUACUGAAGCAGAUUGGCAUGUUCUCCUUCACAGGCUUGAACAAAACUCAGAGUGACAAUAUGACCAAUAAGUGGCAUGUUUAUAUGACAAAGGAUGGAAGAAUAUCCUUGGCAGGACUCUCGUUGGCCAAAUGUGAAUAUCUUGCUGAUGCAAUUAUGGACUCAUACCACAACGUCAGUUGA